ACUCUAUUCACAGCUAUAGAUUGAGCUACUCUUUUCCGCGGGAAAGAACAAAACUCCCUUAAUGGAGUCCAUGGGUCAACUAGGACGCCCGUACAGGUCCCACUUGCGUCCCGCCUGUCUUCCUUGCCGGAAAAGGAAGUCCCGCUGUAAUGUUGAAGCUCAUUCAACAUCUUGUCUAAUGUGUCGGACUCAUGGGACACAAUGUGCGUUCCCAUCUAACCAACAUCAAACUACAGGUCCUGUGGCUCGAAGGUCCAUUCGAAGACACACAACCCCAAGAAGUAUAUCAAGACAGCCCGUUCGGGUUAUUAGCGACGGCACCAGCGCAGGAGAUAUACGGACAGCAAUCAUCAACGACAAUGGCCCCGUUACUAAUGCUGUACAAGAUAGCAGUACCGCUCUUCAAACCAAUCUUUUCUUCGACGACCGCGAGGAUCAUCCCGGAUCAACUCCUUUAUCAAUUGAAGAUACGGAAAAUGAGAACCCUCAUGUCAUAAGCCCCGCAAUAACAAGCGAUAGCCAAGUGCUCAUGGAUUGCCUGUCCACCUUGAAUAGCGAAGGUUGCGGUAUACGCCUUAUUCGUCCAAAACGAACGACUGGCAAUAGGUCGGUUCUUUUCACAGCGGUAGAGAAACGUCCCGUGGGACUCGCCAUAGGUCCCAACCCAUCAUACACUAAAUGCCAAAUUAUUGAAAAACUACUCGAGCCAUGGGGUGAGAGACUUAUCAACGCAUAUUUCAAGAAAGGAAACAGCUGCUUCCCCUUAUUAGACGAAAAGUCAUUCCGAAGACAGUACACAAGUGCCAAAGAACAAGUAUCUCCGGCUCUCCUCUCAUCUCUCUAUGCACAUGGUCUGGUUUACUGGAAAUCUGAACUCCAGCCUAUUGAUCAAAGAUCCCCAGACGUCCGUUUUAUCUGGAACCUUGCUAGCGAAGCCCUCCAAUCCGAGCUUUUCUUGUCGCCUGGAAUAUCCACUCUUACUGCAAUAUUACUGAAUAUUGGUGGUCGACCAACAACAGCACUAGUAGGUAAUGGAAUUCGGCUUGGUAGUGCCGUAUCUCUGGCCUAUGCGCUGGGUUUAAACCGCGACCCCUUGUCUUGGGAUAUAUCAUGGUCAGAGAAAAUGUUGCGGAUGCAUACCUGGUGGGCAUUACUCACACAUGACAGAUGGUCAAGUUUGGCCUACGGAACACCACCUCACAUACAGAAGUCCUUUUGCGAUGUUCCCCAGCCAAAAGUCGAAUAUCAAUUCAACGCGAAUCGUCAGGAGGACACAAGCGCUAAUUCCGUUUUCGUUGCCCUUUCAGGUUUGACAGAUAUUCUAGACCAUUACUUGCAGUAUUUAUAUCGGAUAGACAAAGAGACAUCCGGGUAUGCUGAUAGUCUGGAGCUCGGCCUCAAUAGAUGGGUCGAAAAUUUAGAACCCAACAUUCGGCCUAUCAUCGUUCGCGGUGCUUCAUUGAACAUACCCGGUGCGCCGAACUUGAGAUUAGCAUAUCUCUCCAUGAAACUUCUCACUCAUCGUAUACGAAUGGAAGAAAUCAGGUCAAGGGAUGAACUAGUGAACGAUGCCCUAGCCAACCAAUACAUACAAACCCGGAGGACAGCCGAAGAUAUUGUCUUCUUCGUUCAACAACUUCAAGAAGAACACUUACAGGAUUUCUGGUUACCAGUGAGCGCCUUCGCUUUCCCUUCGACGAUUACGUUUCUCCUACGUUCUGCGCUUGAAGCUGGAAGGUCUCCGUCCGAGCUCGCGAAAAGUACUUCUAUCAAGCUAGCACUAGACUUAAUCACGGCCUUGCGUCGCCAUAAGGAGUAUUCGGGUUGGGAUCUUGGUGACAUCUGCUUAGCACAGCAUGCCGAGAUUGUCGAGAAGCUUGCGUCGCCGGUCCAGACAGAUAGCGAACAUAACACUACCACAAUCUAUGGGGAUAUGUUGAUUCCGGAUGAUCUGUUUUCCUUCAAUGAUAUUUUCAGUUAGGUAUAUGUCAAGGCGCGAUCGGAAGUAUGUCUAGUGUCAAGGCGUUCAUAUCGAUUGUAACACUUCUUCUGGCCUAUACGACCAGCCUCACUUUGAGUUUAUCCCCUUCCACAA